UCCGUGAAUCACGUGAUGCUUCGUGCCCUCUUCGUGUCCGUCCGUCCACAGUCCCCCCCCUCUUUGUCAUUUACAGUACGGUUAGCACUUCUAGUGCGGUACCAUGUUUCGAGCUGUUGUCCGUCUGUCGACCGCGGGGACCCGGGGUCUGGUUCGGACCCGACCCAGCUGCUCAGCUCCGCUGGCCUCCAGGUGUUUUUCCCAUGGCAAAGUGGAAACAGAUGAGGAGUUUGACUCUCGUUGGGUCACUUAUUUCAGCAAGCCUGACAUUGAUGCCUGGGAGCUGAAGAAAGGCAUGAACACCCUGAUUGGGUACGACCUCGUUCCAGAACCCAAGAUCCUGGACUCGGCUCUGAGAGCUUGUCGGAGACUGAACGACCUGGCCAGCGCCAUCCGUAUCCUUGAAGCAGUGAGGGAUAAAGCAGGUCCCCAUAAGGACAUUUAUCCCUACCUGAUCCAGGAGCUGAAACCCACUCUUACAGAGCUUGGCAUCUCAACACCUGAGGAGCUUGGAAUUGACAAGUUGUAGACCGUCCAGGUCCCUCUCUCACAGGAAGAGAUGAGUUCUCCUGGUUGUUUAAAUUGUCUAUAUUGUUAAUUCAAUCAUGCUGUCCUGUUGUGUACAAAAUAAAGGAUAUAUUAUUAACAAUCAA